AUGCCUUCUCUCAAGAAAGUUCUUUCCAUCCGCGGUCUAUACGAAGAGAUGUCUGGUAUUCACAACGUAGAGAAGUUCGAGAAGGGCGAUGGCAGUCUCCGUAGAGAGCUCGCCGAGUGCGGACGCAGACGUGCUACAACUGGACCUUACGCAGACAAUCUCGACGUCGAUGUCUUGAUAGUUGGAGCUGGUUUUGGCGGUACCUUCUUGCUUCAUGAGAUGCGGAAAGCUGGCCACAAUACUGUGCUUUACGAGGCUGGGACUAGCUUCGGUGGGACUUGGAGAUUCAACAUCUACCCUGGCGCGCGCGUUGAUAGUGAGGUGCCCAUCUAUGAGCUGAGCAUCCCUGAAGUAUGGAAGGACUGGACAUGGUCUACCAAUUACCCCAACUAUCAAGAGCUCCAGAAUUAUUUUGACCAUGCCGACAAAGUGCUCAACCUCUCUAAAGAUUGUGCGUUUGAGACCGUUGUCACGGGUGCUCAAUUUGAUGAGGAUGAAGGCAAGUGGACCAUCCACACUGCCGAUGGCAGAACCGCCAAAGCCAGGUUCUUCAUCGUAGCCGCGGGCUUCGCUGCGAAAAGAUACAUCCCUGAUUUCAAGGGACUGGAGAACUUCAAGGGAACCAUGUACCACUCGUCCUUCUGGCCACCUGAGGGUGUCGAUGUUCGAGGCAAGCGCUGCGCUGUCAUUGGGACCGGUGCUAGUGGUGUGCAGAUCUCCCAGGAGUGGGGUCCAGUUGCAAGUGAACUGAAAGUGUUCCAGCGUACGCCAAAUUUGGCCAUUCCAAUGGGCAAGCGGGAUCUCAGCGUAGAAGAGCAGAACAAGCUGAAACCAUUCUACCCCGAGCUCUUCGCCUAUCGAGAGCGCUGCUUCGGCGGCUUCUGCUUCGAUCUCGAUGAACGAUAUACCUUUGACGUUGAUUCCAAGACGAGAGAGGCGUUCUAUGAGCAGUUGUGGACGCACGGCGGCUUUGCGUUCUGGCUCGGCAAUUUCGCCGACUACCUCUACGAUCAGAAGGCCAACCGAGCAGCAUACGACUUUUGGGCCAAGAAGCAGCGAGCACGUAUCCACGAUGCCAGAAAGCGUGACCUACUCUGCCCUCUGGAGCCACCACAUCCUUUCGGCGUGAAGCGUCCCUGCUUGGAGCAGAACUACUACGAGCAGUUCAACCGUCCGAAUGUGGACGUCAUCGACAUUUCCGAGAAGUCGGGCAACUCCAUUGCAGAGUUCACGGAGACUGGCAUCAAGACCACGGACGGGAAGCACUAUGAGUUUGAUGUCAUCGCCAUCGCCACUGGCUUUGAUAUUACUACGGGAGGAAUGACCAACAUGGGCUUGAAGAGCGUCAAGGGAACAUAUCUGAAAGACGAGUGGAAACGGGCUGCYUACACGUAUCUCGGAACCACGGUCUCAGGAUAUCCCAAUAUGUUCCAUCUUUAUGGUCCACAAGGCCCCACCCUUCUCAGCAACGGGCCAACGAGCGUUGAAGUCCAAGGUCGCUGGGUCCGCGACGCGAUCAACAACAUCACACAGCAGAAUAUCAAAUUCAUCGAUCCGACCGACGAAGCCAGCAAGGAGUGGAAGAAGCGUAUCAACGCUUUGUCUGAUUGCUCGCUGUUUCCUACAACCAAAUCAACAUACAUGGGUGGAUCUCUUYCCGGGAAAGCGUUUGAACAGACCUGCUACGCUGGAGGACUUGCCAAGUACAAGGAGGAGAUCCGUGCUACCCUUCCAGGCUGGACGGGUUUCAGAGUGGUUCAAAACGAUACUAACAGUGUCAAGCCUGGUAAGCAGGUUGAAGUUUCUGCUUGA